CGCGGAUAUAUAAAAGAUAUAUAUAUAUUUGACUGACACUGUAAUAUCAAGUGCGUACGGGAAGAUAAUUUAUCGAAAGCAUUAGAUUUUGCGUCGAACAGCUGGAUUCAAGUUUUAUAUAAAUUUUUAUUUUUCUCAAUCUAGUCCAACUGAGAUUAUAAUAAGAAAACACAUAGCACUGUUAUGUUUUAUUAAUGAUUGCGUUGUGAUUACUUUUUGUUCGAAGAAUCUAAUCGUCCGAGUAUUAACUUCUUUUGUGUGUAACUUUGUAUUGUCUAUACAUAUAAUUAAAAAAUCUCUUUUCCGAGAGUAAAACCAAUACAAAAGUUUUUGUUUGAUUUACGUAAUAAUAAUAAUUUUCUGUAGUUCUUUAUUUAAUUAAAUAAAAUAAAAGAGAAACGCAACAAUUCUUAUUCUCGCGUAAGUUAUAUAUAUAUAUACACUAUAAUACACAAAUGUAUAUCGGUUCUCGUCCUUCUUGCAAGUCCUAAGUAUUGAUACAUUUCUAAGCGUAUAACGUAAACGAUACAAAAAAGAAUAAUACUAUGUUUUUUAUAAUCUAAGGAUCAACACACAGGCUGCGUCAUCGUGAAUGUUGUACACAUACGCGCACGUUUCUAUCGUUAUAGUUUUCUUAAGAACGUUCCAUAUAAAGAUAUUAUAUUUAAGGAUAUAAAUUAAUUUUAAGGAUUACAAAAAAUAUAUAUAUAUCUCUUACAAAACCAAACACCUGAAUUUUCAGAUAAUAUGUAAAGUUUUAAUCCGUGUUUAACACGACACUCUUAUCAUCCUGUGAUUUGCAAAAAAAACAUGUAUGAUUACAUUAUACACACAUUAAAUGUUUCAAAUUGCUGUUAAAAAUUUCUGAUAAAUUAUAAUGUAACGUGUAUACACCAAUGAUACAUAUAUAUGUAUAUAUAUAUAUAUAUGUCAUGUAUUAUCUCUCUAAAUGAUAAUCGUUCUCUAAUCUUCCAAGCUCUAUUUGAUCGUGUAAAUAGAAGUCGAAACUUUGCGCGUAUAUUUCGGUCGAGAGAAGAGUCUCUUAAAAAGAAAGCAAUAUGUAUUACAAAAAUGCGGAAUAACUUUUGGUACAUCGUUUUGAGAGCUGUGUCAUAUAACCGCAUAAAGAUGUUGCAAGAGAAAUAAAAAACAAAAAGUAUAUUAGCACACCAAGUGCGUCUCAUCAUUCAUCAUCAUUAAUUAUUCCUGUCGUUCUUUAGUGGAACAUAGGGCCUCCGAAAUCGUCGAACAAAACAGUUCAUCGAUUCGUAAAGGUUUCAUUAAUCAUUAGAUCUCGGAUGCACAGGUGAUUUUGCUCAUAGCAUCCAAUGUGUGGAUUGUAGAGUGUAAGUGGACCUACAAAUUUUAGGUAGAUUCCGAACCACCAGAAGUGCGCGUGACACUUCGAGCUGGAAAUACACUCAAUUAAUAAUUAUUGGAGGCCCAAUUCAGUUCGUUUUUCAAAUCGAACAACUACUAGUUUGAAAGGGAAAAAAUUCAAAGGUGUUGAAAGAGCAAAUUCAAACUCGGAAUCUCCGUGUUCGCAGCCCCUACAUAUAGGCUGCGAGACCAGUAGGCCGGUCCAUCAAAAUGCGUGAUUCUCGCUUAUGACUUGAACACGCAACAUACAUAUAGUUCUGACAGCUAAGCAAAUUGCUUUUGUUAUUGACGUUUUGUGUUCUGACAGUUCAGUUUGCGUUAUUUGACGUUGAUGUUAUUUAGUUUUUUUUUUUCAUGUGUUUUAUCGUAAAGAGAUGUGUAAUAUUUUAUAAAUAUGGUUAAUGUAGAUGAGUGUUCGUGCACCGACACGACGGAACCGUCUAAUCUGACAUCGUUGCGUUCGGACGAUGUUACCGUGAAUUCCGACGUGAAUGCGCUCUUCGAGAGAGUCGAGAAGGAAAAUGACGUUGAAGGAUCUAAAGAUAUAAAUUGCGAAUGUCCUGAAGCCCCACCGGUCGUGGAUUACUGCGUGUCCGCAACGGCAGAAGAUCCGUCCGUAAUUCCACCGAAGCUGGAUCGCCGAGACAACUCGAGGAACGUAACGACGCAAUUUCGACCGUGUCUCUGUCGCACUCACAAAAUCAACGGAUACGUUCUGCCUGUAAAGUUCAGAGAAGAUAAACCGCAGUCGCGGCAAUUCUGGGGCCGUUUCAGUCUGAAAAGACCAAAGAAGGGAUAUUUCAACAAGGAGGGCAAUAUGUACGAGAUCAAGUUGAAACAAACUCAGUGUCCUCAUUAUGCCAAGAUGCGUUUGAAUGGCGCACCUAAACAGCAGGUUGACGCGGCGAUACAACCACCGCAAGCUUUCGUUUGUCGUCAAAUGUCAGAAGGAAUACCGAAUAAGGGUAUGAAGGAAGAUGCCGCUAAACCAAAACCACCCAAGUAUCCGACAAAACCAAAACCGAAAAAGGAAGAAAUAAUAGCGGAAAAGAUCGAGAUCUAUUAUUUCGAUCAUGGGAGUUGCGAAUAUUAUCGAACGACAGAUUGCCAUCCUGUGUUAACCACGGAUAGAUGUGCCGAAAAGACAGAUCAAGCCGCGACACGCUUCUGGGCGGAGAUCUUCGGCACAAUUCAUAUUGGCAUCGCCUUCGUUACUGCUUUCAUCCUGCAGCUUCUUCGCUUUAUAUUAUACAGCGUGAUCCGACCCCUCACAGUGGGAAUAAUACAAAUGAUAGCAGAUUACUUUGUGAAACCACUACUGUCCAUUUUGUUCAACGCUCUCAUACAGCCGGUGCUGAUUCUGCUUUAUAACGUUGCCACGUCAUUCAGAGAUCUUUGCGAACCGAUUGCCGAGGCGAUGGGUCUUUUUCUACGAGAAAUCGCCAAUCUCUGCGCUGCGAUCCGAAUUGUGGAAGUGAAGCACAUACACACGCCGACCACUACUGCCUGCACUUGAACUUGUGAAAGACAUAACGACGGAAUGUGUCGACGACCAAGUUUCGCAUGUGCAAGCGAGGAGAUAGCGAAGCUGGUGCAUCCUAUUUCGCGCGAAAGCAUGUUGUUGAUUUUAUCAUAAAAAAAACACAUGCCUUAACACCAGGGUAUAUAUUUGGUAUUGAUUUAACUUUACAAUAUUAUUAUUGUAUUCAUUUUUUACAGAACAAAGUACUUCUUAUUUAGCAACUAACUUUGUCAAUAAUAAUCAAUACUCGUUCUCUGUUGCUCUCUCUUUCUCUCUCUUUCACACACAUUCUUUCACUGUUCUUUUCUCGUCUCUUAUCCAUUCUCGUUUUUCUUUCUCUCCAUAUAUCUUACCAUUUAAUAAAUUAUGUACACUCUCACACAAACAACAAACAGAG